AUGAAAACGCCGGCGAACGGCGGCGGAGCCGCCGUCCUCCCUUCCUCCACCGCCACCACUACCACAGCUAAUCCAGCUGAAACAGGGUCAGCAGAGAAAAAGACCAUAAACGUUGAGCUAUGGCAAGCUUGUGCUGGACCUCUGGUGAACUUGCCAGCCGCAGGCACCCAUGUCGUUUACUUCCCUCAAGGCCACAGUGAACAGGUUGCGGCGUCUAUGAAGAAGGAUGUGGAUGGACAAAUUCCAAACUACCCCAAUCUCCCUUCCAAGCUGCUAUGUCUCCUUCACAGUGUUACAUUGCAUGCGGACCCGGAAACAGAUGAAGUUUAUGCUCAGAUGACCCUCCAACCUGUUCCCUCUUAUGACAAGGAAGCAUUACUGAGAUCGGACCUUGCACUUAGGUCAAACAAGCCGCAACCAGAGUUUUUCUGUAAAACAUUAACAGCAAGUGAUACUAGUACUCAUGGAGGCUUCUCUGUGCCUCGUCGAGCGGCUGAAAAGAUUUUCCCACCCCUUGAUUUCUCUAUGCAACCACCUGCUCAAGAAAUUGUGGCCAGGGAUCUACAUGAUAAUGUUUGGACUUUCAGACAUAUCUACCGUGGACAACCAAAGCGACACUUACUUACAACAGGCUGGAGCCUCUUUGUAAGUGGAAAGAGGCUUCUGGCUGGUGACUCGGUCUUGUUUAUUAGAGAUGAAAAGCAGCAGCUUCUCUUGGGAAUCAGACGUGCUAACAGGCAACCUACCAAUUUGUCGUCAUCAGUUUUAUCAAGUGACAGCAUGCACAUUGGUAUCCUUGCUGCUGCAGCACAUGCAGCGGCUAACAAUAGCCCCUUUACUGUGUUCUACAACCCAAGGGCUAGUCCAUCAGAAUUUGUUGUUCCAUUAGCCAAAUACUACAAGGCUGUCUAUGGCAACCAAGUGUCACUUGGCAUGCGCUUCCGGAUGAUGUUUGAAACUGAGGAAUCUGGAACGAGAAGGUACAUGGGUACGAUUACUGGUAUUAGUGAUCUUGAUCCUGUAAGAUGGAAGAAUUCACAGUGGCGUAACUUGCAGAUCGGAUGGGAUGAGUCAACUGCAGGGGAAAGGCGCAAUCGCGUUUCUGUUUGGGAGAUCGAACCAGUCACUGCUCCAUUUUUCAUAUGCCCCCCUCCUUUCUUUAGAUCCAAGCGUCCAAGACAACCGGGAAUGCCAGAAGACGACUCUUCUGAUUUAGAUGGCAUAUUCAAGAGGAGCAUGCCGUGGCUUGGUGAUGAUAUCUUAAAGGAUCCCCAAAAUCUCCCUGGCCUAAGCUUAGUUCAAUGGAUGAACAUGCAACAAAACCCGUCACUUGCUAAUUCGAUGCAGCAAAAUUACAUGCAAUCCAUGUCAGGUUCUGUUCUUCCAAACCUUGGCGCAGCUGACAUUUCUCGGCAGUUAGGGUUUUCAUCAGCACCUCAAAUUCUUCAGCCAAACAACUUCCAGUUGACUUCUCCAAGGCUACCUCAGCAAGGUCAACAGUUUGAUCAUCAGCUGGCUAAAAUGCCACCCUCAAGCAUGAACCCAUUGGCCUCAGUUGUACAACCGCAACAGCAACAUGUCACUGAUGGGUCUCAACAACCUAGGGCAAAUUUAAGCCAAGUUCAAUCCCAGAUUCUGCAGCCUCAGUCUAUGGGCCAGGCCAAUGGUAAUUUGCAGCAACAGCAACAACAGCAGCAGCCACCUAUUCAAAGUAAUCAUCAGCUAGCUAGAAAUCUUUCUCCUAGCUUUCAGCAGCAAAGUCAAAUGCAACAUGUUUUAGGUCAGAAGCAACAUCAAGGCCUCAUCAUGCCAAACCAGUUGCCUGAUCAAGUUAACCAGCAUUUUCAAGUAUCUGAUAAUCAGAUUCAGCUUCAGCUGUUGCAGAAGCUUCAGCAGCAGCAGCAGCAGCAGUCACUCUUAGCUCAGCAGCAACAGCAGCAGCAGCAGCAGGUGUCACCGUUAGCUUCCCAGACUCAGUUGCAAGACCCACAAAGACAAUUAUUGGAUGCAUCCCAAAGCUUCUCGAGAUCCAUGAGCUCCAACCAAAUGUUGGAAAUGCCUCAAGCUUUGACCUCUUCCAUCCCACAGCCAAGUACUGCUCAACAGCAGAUAGCUAAAAGCAACAACCAAGUGAAUGCUCGAUUUUCUCAUCAGCCACAUCAGCAGAAACUUCAGCACCAACAGCCUGAAAUCCCUGGGCGUACAUUGGGAGUACCUCCAAGAUCGACAAUAAAUCAGCUCUCUGUAGCUGGCGGUAGCAAUAAUAUGUUGACAGCUGGAGGAGCAGGCCAAUCAGCAAUCACUGAUGAUGUGCCAUCUUGCUCUACUUCGCCUUCUACCAAUAACUGCCCAAAUCUGGUUCAGCCAAUGAUGAACGGUUAUCGAAGCACUACGUUGGCAGAGGACAUUUCUCCAGCUGCUGGCACACAACUUUUGGGUCCUGGUGCAUUUUUGGACACAAUGUCUAGUGCUAACCACCUCAUGAUGAAAGACUUGCAGCAGCAGAGAUCUGAUGUUAAGCCAUCCCUUACCAUCUCCACCAAGAAUCAAAACCAGGGAUUUUUCACCCCUCACUCGUAUGUGAACGGCACCACAACUACUCCGGCUGAUUAUUUAGACACUUCAUCUUCAACCUCAGUCUGCCUGUCUCAGAACGACGUACAGCAGUUGCAGCAGAAUAACAACCCCACGUCCUUUAAUUCACAGUCAAUGCUGGUGAGAGGAGACACAAGCCAAGAUGGAGGAGAACUUCCAGCGGUUGAUCACAGGAGUAAUAAUGCGCCAUAUGGAAUCGGCGUUGAUGAUGGGCAAGGCCAACUGGUUGGCAUGCACAUGAGUUCUGAUAAUUUGUUAUCAAAGUCUAUGGUGGGACUGGGGAAAGAUUUCUCAAAUAAUCUUCCUUCUUCUGGGGGCUUGCUUGCUAACUGUGAAAAUUCAAACUCGAAAGAACCUCAGCCAGAACUCUCGUCAUCCAUUGUGUCUCAAUCAUUUGGAGUUCCGGAUUUGGCAUUCAACUCAAUCGACUCCUCGAUCAAUGAUAGCACCUUCUUGAACAGAAGCUCUUGGGCACCUCAACCCCAGUUUCAGCGGAUGAGGACUUAUACUAAGGUAUAUAAACGAGGAGCUGUUGGGAGGUCAAUCGAUAUCACCCGUUAUUCAGAUUACGAUGAGCUUAAGCACGAUUUGGCUCGUCGGUUUGGGAUAGAGGGUCAGUUGGAAGAUCGUGGCAGGGUAGGAUGGAAGCUUGUUUAUGUGGAUCAUGAGAAUGAUGUCCUGCUUGUAGGGGAUGAUCCUUGGGAAGAGUUUGUGAGCUGCGUCCGAUGCAUCAAGAUUCUUUCACCACAAGAAGUGCAGCAGAUGAGCUUGGAUGGAGAUUUCGACAACUCUGCCCUUCCGAAUCAAGCCUGUAGCAGUUCAGACAAUGGCAAUGCCUGA